AUGUUAUUCCGGAGCACGCUGCCCGGUGCCCGACGCCAGCCCUGGCUCAGUGAUUUACAAGCGCGCUCGUCGAUCUUCGAUAACGUUUUACUUAUUGUUACUAACUCCGAUCGCCCAACCGUCGAUACGCCAUAUCGUAUUUAUGCGCUAUCGGAAGCCAUGCUCCAAGGCGAAGACCUCGCUGGCUGCCAACAAAGAUGCAUUGUCGUUGCACCGACGGUUGGAACCAAUCCAAUAUUGUUGGGUGAAUCUGAACAAUCGCGACCUCCAAAUUCCACAUUAGAAUAUCCAUUGACAACUAAAAGAACCCAACUAUCAUCACAUGCUGCGAUACAAAAUGAAUCUUAUUUUAUAUAA